AUGGAAGCCGAACUAACCUCAUUUAUCGCCUGUUCUCCGCAAGAACAAUGUCAAGAGCUGCGACAAUAUAUGAAAUCUUUGGGGGCCGAAAUUUCCGAACAGCCGUCUCCGAAAGGGAUGGAGGACGACUUGCAUAAAAUCAUUCAAGUCUCCGAUGUCGUGUUUCAAAAAGGUUCCGAAAUUGAUAUCGAGUCUGUCCUGAACGGAAUCGUAUCUGUCGUCAUCAUCGUGGAGACAGAAGCCUCGGACGGCCUUGUGUUGGCGUUUUGUGAAAAGCUAGCGACGGCCUGGGAACCGGAUGUGAAGCACGGCCUCAUCGCCCUCAAAGUUUUGCGACUGUUGUUCUUCUCACUCAGCGAACGGUCCGCGAUGCGCUACCACGUUUACUACCACAUGGUCGAGGUGGCCGGCAAGGUGGGUCAGAUGGCCUCGGUCUUCUCCAACACGAACCAACUCAAGAAGACCUUUUCCGCCAGGCCACCCACGGCCGAACAAUUACAGAAACUCUAUCGCCUCCUGCACACCUCGUUGACUAAUUCCAAAAUGAGUGACGACGCUUAUAAAGUGAUGCUUGACUUAUUGGCGACGUACACGAUGGAAAACGCGUCUCAAGCAAGAGAGGACGCUCAGAGAUGUAUCCUCGCCUCACUUGCGGACCCAAAUAUUUAUCUGUUGGAUCAUUUACUUCCGUUGAAACCAGUCAAGUUUUUGGAAGGAAAUCCCAUCCAUGACCUUCUCAUGGUCGCCGUGUACGACGGGCUGAGUGAAUACAUGAAGUUUUACGCUGGGCACAAGGAAUUUAUGCAGAAAAUGAACCUGGAUCAUACCCAGAUGACGAAAAAGAUGAGGAUCCUGACCCUCAUCUCAAUGGCUGAGAAGAGUCCAGAAGUCUCCUUCUUGCAAAUCCAGAAAGAGUUACAGUUGGGGGCAGAUGAGGUUGAGCGAUUCAUUAUCGACGCCCUGAAAACUAAACUUCUCACCGCUCGGAUUGAACAAGCUAACCAACGCGUCAUUGUACAAUACGCUGUAAAAAGAGCCAUCACGAAAGCACAUUGGAUUCAAAUUCGCGAUACCUUGUUCCGCUGGAAGAAUAGUAUUCAUGCCAUUAAAGAAAACUUGCACGAUUUGGACGCGCCCAUCAUGUAAUCUGUUCUAUUUUAUUAUGGUUAUAUGUUCUACUAUUAAAUAAUUUUAGAGUUUAAAAGGUAUAUUGUUUUGAGUAACAAUUAACACCAACUUUGUAAUACUGAAAUGCAUUUUACAGUGUAUUUUGUAUCUAAAAUAAAAUCCAGCCCUAUUAAUUUA